AGGAAAAUGGCCUUUUCAACCGAAAAAACAAAAAUAUUUUUUCAUGUUUCUUCUUUUUAUGUUUACUGUAACCGAAGUUAUUGGUGAAAUAACUGCCAUUGUGAAAUUUUAUGAUGAUAAAGAACUUGUAUUAGAAUCCGUGUCACCAAUUAUUAUUACAAUAGGGGCGUACUCCAAAUAUUUCAGUCAUAUGUUUAACACAAAAUCAUUUACACGAAUAUUAGAGAAAAUGAAAGAAACUUGGCGUUUCCAUUCAUCUCCAUCUGAGCAGAAAAUUCUUCGUGAAUAUUCAGACACGGGAAGAUUAUACACAUGGAUACUGAUAAUCGGAGCAAUUGCAACGACUUUCUUAUUUACAGCGGAACCGUUAUUUCCAAGAGUUGUAAAUUUUUUGUUCAAUAAGAAUGAAACAGUACCCAAUAGGUAUCCCGUUCCCGUGUAUUGGGUCGGUGUUGGCAUGGAAGAAAAUUAUUAUCUCCCAUUAAGUUAUUCGACACUGUGCAUAUGGAUCAUAAUAAAUGUAGAAGUGACUGUGGAUACUACCUUUAUUGUUAUGACACAACAUGCUGUUGCACUAUUUGCAGUUACUGGGCAUAUAUUAGAAAAUAUUCCAACUGAAGAAGAUUAUCAGAAAGACCAAAGGCAUAAUAAGGAUAUAUCUUUGGAUGAUCUACGACAUCAGCAUUACCUAAAAUGCAUAAAAAGUCAUAAAAGAGCAAUACAAUUUGCAAAAUAUUUAGAAACAGUUAACGUAUGGGGUUUCGCUGUAGUCAUUGCUCUCCACAUACCAAUAAUGAGUGUCACAGCAGCUCAAAUCACAACGCAAGCCCAAAAUAUUCAGCAAUUUCUUAAAUAUUCUACCUUUGCAUCUAUUCAGCUAUUUCAUUGCUUUGCUGUUUGUCUCUUCUCCCAUCAAUUGAUAACGAAUAGUACACUCAUUCAAAAAUCUGUAAUUGAAGGUUUGUGGUAUGAAUGCGAUCCUAAAAUUCAAAAGCUCCUGACACUCGUGAUAAUGAGAAGUCAACGAGAAUGUCAAUUAACUGCUGGCAAAAUGGUAUCAAUAUCAAUGGACACUUUCACAGUGAUAUCUGCUGUUAUAGUUUACUUUGAUGAUAAAAACCGCGUAUUAGAAUCUAUUCCUCCACUCAUUACUGAUACGAUUGGUGUUAUUAGAGAAUUGUUUGAACAAAUGAAAGAAAAUUGGUUCAUCUAUACGGGUAAAGUUGAACAAGAUAUUCUUCACAGUUACUCCAACUAUGCCAAAAAAUUUUGCUAUGGAUAUGUAGGAUUAGGAUAUACGACGACAGCUCUAUUUCUCAUAGAACCAAUUUUACCUAGAGUAUUAGCUUCUUUGAUGAACCUCAACGAAACAAUUCCCAUCCGAUAUGCAACACCAGUCUAUUGGUAUGGAUUUGAUAUAGAAGAACAUUACUACUAUUUAGUACCUCUUUCAAAUCUCGGAGUAAUUUUUAUACUUGUAAGCAACUCAACAAUGGAUAUCCUUUUUAUCACAUUGAUGCAGCAUGCCGCUGCCUUGUACAUGAUGGAAAAUGUUCCAACUGAAACAAACAUGGAUAAUGAAAAUAAUGAUGGAGAUGAUUACCUGGAAAAUAUUCAAUAUAAAUAUUAUGUGAAGUGUAUUAAAAGUCAUAUACGAGCUAUCAAAUUUGCUGAAGAUCUUGAAGCUGUUAAUGUUUGGUGUUUGGGCAUAAUUAUAACUUUAAACGUGAUAAUGUUGAGCGUUACUGCAACUCAGGUUGCUACCCAAGCUCAAUCUUCAGAAGAACUAGUAAAGUACGGUAUAUUUGCAGUGGCUCAAUUGCUUCAUAUAUUUAUAUUUUGUUUUUUUUCACAACGAUUGAUGAACACUAGUGCAAAUAUUCAACAAUGCAUAUGUAAUGGAUCAUGGUAUAAAUGUACACCUAGAACCCAAAAACUCUUGACAUUAGUAACACUUAGAAGCCAACUACCAUGCAAACUCACUGCUGGAAAAGUAGCAGUAUUAUCUAUGGAAACUUUCACUGUGAUCGUCAAAACAUCUGCUUCAUACUUUACGGUGUUGAUGUCAAUGCAAUAA